AUGAAAGUAUUCAGCAAGUCAUUAGUGAAAAUAAAAAAGGGAAGUAUCUUACCAAUUUCUAGCGCCCUCAUAUCGAAACCAAGAAAACGCGUCCGAUCGAGCAUAGAGAAUAUGAAUCAAGUCAAAUCUGUGAUGAUCGAACCUGUAUUUAAUAAUAAUCAGCAAGAAAAUGAUGACUGUAUUAUUUAUAAUUUUGAGUUUUUAUCGACAUGGGGAUCAUCAAAUGAAGUAUCUUGUUCAUCAAUUUGGUUUCUUGACGCCGGAAGGAGAAGGACUAAGCCAAUUGCAAUAAAAUCAGAAGAAAUUUCUGAUCAAAGGCUUUUAUCACUUCUCUAUGAUGCAUCUCUUAUUAAAUCAGAUAGCCAGAAAACAUUUUGUUAUCAAUUUUCGAAAAAUGGAACUUGCCAUACAUUGAUAUCAUUCUAUUUUAGACCUGAAGAUGAACCAGCUUACUGUCGAAUCUGGAAUACUCCAGAUGGUAAUGAUACAUCAUUAAAAGACUUUAAAAUUUUCAUUGGCAAUAAUGAAAUUGUUCGGAAAGAAGUUCCCAUCAAUUUUGGUAUAGAAGUUUCUCUUGAUAAUGCUAUUAGAUUGUCAAGGCAGAUGAAACAAAAAAUCAGUCAAGACUAUUUGCUUGCAUUAAAGCCUACUCUAAAAGAUGAUUUCGGAACGUUUCCUAUGAUGCAAUUUAAUAGAAUAUCAUUAACUUUUCAUUCAAAUCAUGGAUCAAAAUCCUUGUUCGGUAUUAAUGGACUUGAAAUUUUUGAUGAAAGCCAUAAUCGUAUCAAAUAUGAAGAUAUUUCAUUUUGGAAAGUCAAAAAUACCAUUUCUCAUACAAAUCUCAGAAACAUUUUUCAGCCUAAUGAAAAAACAGGCUCUUACUCUGAUCCAUUUGUCAUGGAAGUUGGUAAUUUAGAUGAAUAUCCAAAGCUUGUAUUGAAUCUAAAUUACCCGAGAGUAAUUGGUCUUAUAAGAAUAUACAACGCAAAAAUAUCCGGAUAUAACCAUAUUGGAAUAGAAAAAUGCACAAUUAAGCUUGGUAAUUCAUUAAAAAUUCAUAAAAAAUUCGCCAAAUCUGACACUGUAGAUGUUUGGCUAACUGACUCAAUGGAAUAUAGAGAAAAAAUCGAAUCAAGUUUCUAG